AUGGCUUGUCACGCCGUUCGGGUUGACGGGUGCUCCGCAACGUUUCAGCGUUACAUAAACCACACGUUGCGAGAUUUCCUCGACGAGUUCUGUUCCGCUUACAUUGACGACAUCUUGAUCUACUCGAGCGAUGCAGGCCUGCAGAUUGAUAUCGACAAGUGUGACUUUGAGGCAAAGAGUGUCAAGUACCUGGGCUUCAUCGUCGAAGCCGGGAAAGGUAUCCGCGUGGACCCGGAGAAGGUGCAGGCAAUUCAGCAGUGGCAGCGACCCCGUUCUGUCAAAGGCGUCAGAAGUUUUCUGGGGUUUGCCAACUAUUACCGGCAAUUCAUUCCCAGAUUCUCCAACAUCGCCGCGCCUCUAACGGCGUUAACAAAGAAGGAUGCGGUGUUUGCGUGGUCGAAGGAGUGCGACAAGGCCUUCGAGGAGUUGAAGGCUCUUCUGACCAGAGGGGCGCUCUCGCAAAAGGGCGAUGACGGCAUCAUGCGGCCUGUGGCCUUCUUCUCAAAGAAAAACGCACCGGCGGAGUGCAACUACCCAAUCCACGAUAAAGAGCUGCUGGCGAUCAUUCGCUGCCUUGAGCAUUGGGACGCCGAAUUGAGGAGUGUGAAGUCCUUUACCGUUUUGACGGAUCAUCUCAACCUCCGUUACUUCACCAAGAAGCAGCAACUGAGUGAACGUCAGGCGCGAUGGGCUGAGACGCUAUCGCGGUACAGCUUCACCAUCAAGCAUCGACCGGGCAAAGAAGCCGUCGUACCGGACACGCUGUCGCGACGAGAACAGGACAUGCCGCACAGCGCCGAAGAUGAUCGGUUGCAAGGACGACGUGUUCAGCUGCUGCAACGUAACAAGGGUGGCCUGGUGACAAAAGUCAAGAGCGGUUAUGUCACCAAGGGCGACACGGAUCAACCCGAUGACGCAACAACUGACCAAGACGACUCAAUCGAAAACCCUUUCUCGGACCCGGAACUGCAGAAGUUAUGGGACGAAGGUGUCAAGCACAAUCGUUAUUGGCUCAUCCGAAAGGCCGUACAGCAAGGCGAGAGGCGUCUGCCGUCGCAUUGGGGAGUGCCCGUGAUGCUCUCGGAAUGCUCGAUUGACGAUGGACAGCGGCUCUGCUGGCGAGCGAAUUUGGGUGCCGAACCACGAACCCUGCGCACGCGGCUUAUGCAGGAGACGCAUGACUCAACGCUUGCAGGACACCCCGGACGGGACAUGCUGAAGUCCUUGUUGAGCCGCAAGUUUUAUUGGCCAGGCCUCGAUUCAGACCCGCUACCUAUUCCAGACAGGAUCUGGUCGGAGCUGUCAAUUGACUUUGUGACAGACCUGCCACCAACCAAGUCGAACGGUUCGACCAACCUUAUGGUCGUGACGGACAGACUGUCCAAAAGUGUCGUUCUUGAGUCAUUGAAGGACAUCACGGCCGAGACGACGGCCAGAGCAUUGCUACGGAACGUGGUGCAACACCAUGGCGUGCCGCGCGCGAUCGUCACUGACCGUGGCACGCAAUUCACCAGUAGACUAUGGCAGAGGCUCUGCGAGCUGCUACGCGUGAAGCAAAGAUUGUCUACGGCGUGGCAUCCCGAGACUGACGGUGCAACAGAAAGGGCGAAUCAGGAAGUCGAGAGAUAUCUGAGGAUCUUUGCUGCUUAUGCUCAGGAUAACUGGGAAGAGCUGUUGCCAGCGGCCAUGAUGGCCAUCAACAAUCACAACUCGACGUCGACAGGCCUGAGCCCGUUCUUUAUCACGCAUGGGUAUCAUGUUGACCCGAUACAAGUCAAGGAGAAGUUACGGACGGACGGAAGGUCCCCAGUGGCCAGGGCUGAAAGCAUUGUGCAACGAUUUCGAGAGGCAACGGAAUGGGCCCAGGCGGCAAUUGCGUCAGCGCAAGAGCAGCAAGAGAAGAACGCCAAUUCGCGAAGACAGCCGUCAGACCAGUUCAAGCCUGGAGACAAGGUAUGGCUGCGACUUCGCAACAUCCGAUCCAAUCGGCCAUCCAAGAAGCUCGAUUGGCUGUCGGCCAAGUACACCGUCCUGGAGACCAUUGGGUCACACGCGUGCAGGCUGGACACGCCUCCGGGAAUACACAACGUGUUCCACGUGUCGCUCUUACGCUUAGCAGCGGACGAUCCGCUACCGUCACAGACGUCGGAUGACUACCGCCCACCGGCCAUUUUGACGGACGAUGGCGAGCUGUGGGAAGUGGAAGAGAUUCUGGACAGGAAGAAAGUCGGGAGAGAGUGGAAAGUGUUGGUGAAAUGGGUCGGAUGGAUAGGUCCGACGUGGGAGCCAGUCAAUGAAGACCCGGAACAGCAUGAAGGCCAUGUCAAGGACGUCCUGCAAAGGUUACGAAAAGCCGGACUUUACGCCAAUCUGAGCAAAUGCGAAUUCUCGGUGAAGAAAGUCUCCUUCCUGGGGUUCGUGGUCGAUGAGGAAGGAAUCCACAUGGAAGAGGAACGGGUCCAUGCUAUCACAGAAUGGCCAGCACCCGUUCUGUAA